AUGGCAGGGCAUGGCGGCCAGGGAUUUGGCCAGGGCAAUGCGGCCGGCGUCUUGCAGUGUUUGCAUGCGGUACUCCGUCUAUUCGGUGGAUUCGGUGGUCUUGCCGUGGAUGUUCGAUUGCUGCCAGCGGUCGCCGUCCCAGCGGCCCGUCCAGCCCCGGGCAGGCGCCACGCGGGGCCGGGCGGCGCCUGCAGUCCAGUGGCUGGUGGCCCCCGGCGAUUGGCUGGGCCGUGCGUCUGCGCUGGACGCCCAGGCCUCGCCGUAGGCGCUCAGGGGCUGAUGCGGGACAUGUGGUGCGGUCUGGCCCGGCGUGUGCUGCAGCUGCCCCCCGGCCGGCAGGCGCUGCAUGCGGCCGUCCCAGCGCCACACAUCCAGGCGCAGCUGGUCAGCGCGGCGCAUGCGGCCGCUGGUGUGCUGGUGGUCGGCGCUGCGCAGCGGGGUGAGGUUGGGGCGCUGGGCCUGGGACUG